AUGUAUUUUAGGGUUUUGCUGUCGGCAGCAGUUGCCAGCGAGGCCAUUACAAUUGGAUCAGGCUGUGAAGGAUCUGAAUGCACCAAAACCAUAGAGGUAUUGACCAAAACGGUGGACUAUGGAAAGCCGACCCAACACGCUAAUUACCUGAACCAGUUCAAUGAGAUGAACUCUCCUACUGUGGAUAGGAAACAUCGCGAUGCGGACUCUGUCCUACCAUUCAUCGGCCUCACUGGAAGUGCAAAGCAGAGUCGAAACUGCUGUAAAAAUGGCGGGACAUGCAUCUUGGGAAGUUUUUGCGCAUGCCCACCACAUUUUACUGGCCGGAGCUGUGAAUACGACGAACGAGUCAGGAGCUGUGGUACCAUUCCCCAUGGGGUGUGGGUUCAGAAAGGCUGCUCAUACUGCAAGUGUGGAUAUGGGGUCAUGCACUGUUUUCCUCAGGUGUUCCAUGAGGACUGUGAUGAGGACCAGGAAGUCCGCUGGUUUCAUUCGCCGGGUGUCCGAAAGCUGCAGACCAAGUACUUCCUGUGUCUAGGACUACUGUUUUUGGUUUUGUUUGUUUGA